CUGGCAGCGCGUUCACAUCGUGCAGCUGUUCUAUUUUUUACAGGCGCAACACGUAAAUUCUGGUCAAAAUAAAAAGAGCUGAAGAACGGAUAAAAACAAAGGAAGACAAAGGAAUAGGAUCACCAAUAAUCACCCCUCAGGGUUUGGCCCACAUUUCCGGACAGUUGCAUCUUCGCAUAACCAAAAACGGCCAAAACAACGCACUUGACGUUGAUCCUCCUCGGCCAGCUCUAAAUUUUCCAUGGCCACGAAACGUCGACCUUUACGUCCCAAUCUGGGAGGCAGUAACAGCUCGGGACCCAGUUCGGGCUCAAACAUGAACUUCAGACCUGGAGGACCUGACAUCACCAGGGCGGAGGCUCGGGGAACGAGACCUACGGCGGCCCCCACUAGCAUCCGGGAGAUCCUAGUCAUGGGCGUGAUACAUCUGUGCAAGAAAACCAUAUUCUUCAAUACAGACCUGAAAGUGGCCCUUUAUCUGGGCAGUCUGUUUGUGAUCUCCGUCAUUGGGGACUUUGUCCCCUUUCCGAAGACCUACUUUGCCAGAUCGGACAACCUUUUCAAUAUGUAUUUUGUUAAGGUCGGCUGGGGUUGGACCCUGCUCUUUGCCGUGCCGUUCCUGGUGCUUUCCGCCUACACGAUUACAUGCGGUGACCACAAGAAAAUGCUGAGGCAUCACUUCCCGCGUAUCGUGAUUGCUACCUUCUUCUGGUUCUUCUGGACAAAGCUCUUCAAUGUUGUGGAAACAUCAUAUGGACGCUGUACUGUAAAAGGCUUCCAAAGCAAGUCCAGUUGUUUAAAAGCGGGUCAUCUAUGGCACGGAUUCGACAUAUCCGGGCAUGCUUUUAUAUUGAUCCACUCAAGCUUGGUGCUCAUCGAGGAGGCGCGCCCCAUCAUCCGCUGGGAAACGAUCAAGGAACACAUCCGUAAUGAAGUGCACAACCGCAGCUCCGCCGAGGUCUCAGGAUCCAAUCCCUUGAGAGGCCUAAACGAGGAGCAAAUGAGGAGCCUGCAGUUCUUGUACAAGCGUCUAACGCCCAUCAUCCGCACCCUGUUCAUCGGCAUGGCGGCGCUUCAGUUGCUUUGGGACAUCAUGCUGGUCGGCACAAUGCUGUAUUACCACCGCAUGAUCGAGAAGGUGAUCAGCGGCAUCAUUGCGAUCCUUACCUGGUACUUUACCUAUCGUUUCUGGUACCCCACGUCGGGCUUGUUGCCAGAGGCUCCUGGAAGCGGAAGUUUUAGCUAUCAGCGGGAGCCGCCCAGCUUUCCGUUCAAGCGACCCUCGCAUUUAUCGACUGGAACGGCUGCCAGUGGAGGAGCUAGCACGUCUCGGGCCAACCUUAAUGGCAAGGCGGCCACGGCGGGAGUACCUAGAGAUCAACAGAUUCCUACCUUUAUGGGAAUGCCUCUGUUCACAAACGCAAAGGCUGCCAGUGCUGCCGCCACUGCGUUGCAAUCGGAGCAACAGAAAAGAGAUCGUGACCAGCAGCCACAGCAGCUGGACAGUUGAUCCUUCUGAGAGGCAGGAGAUCGAAUGACAAAAAGCAUAGCAGGAAUUGACAAUUAGGUGACGGAUUGGAAUGGAAUUUAUACCAAAUUUUUGUAUAUUCAGCGACGAUGUAACGAUGAAACGAUAAUGAUAUUCUAAGCAGCUCGAGGCUGGCACUGGUU